GCCUGUCCAACCUCCAACUACUGUGAGUCUGCGACUGUUAACCCCAAAACCCUAACUCCGUCGUAUCUCCGCUGAGUGCUCCAAUGGCUUCUCGCUGCAGAUCUUUCUCGAAGCCGGUUUUCUCUCUUCUCAAAUCCGCCGUCAACAAACCGGCGUUCAAGGCCACUCCCAUGCCUUCUCUCCCCACUGCCCGCCCUUCUAUCAAUCUCUCAAGGCCGAUUCCUCGGUUGGGUUGUCUGCAAUCUCUGCUUCCAUUUCACACGGCGGUGUCUUCAGCCCGGCUCACGUCGUGCCUCGGCAUUGACUCGAGGAGCUCGAGGUCAUUGUCUCAGGAAAUAGGUCUCAGCGUGCCUCGAUAAGAGAUUGAAGAAAUUGGAAGAUAGAGGCCAAUGGACGAGUCUCAUCACCUCUGCUCUCAGCAAGUCCUUUUCAUCUUGGAGUUAAGAUUUAAACAGUUUUGUGUCACAGCAGCUGCAAGAAUUGAAUGCUCUGACUCAGAGCUAUAAUUGUUUGUAUUCUCCUUCAAAUAUUUCUUUUACGUAUUUACUCAUGCAUGCCAUACACCACAGCAUAGUAGAAUUGUCGGCAUGCCAUACGCCACAGCAUAGUAGAAUUGUCGGCAUUUAUGCUCUAUAGCAGCACAGCAGCAAUGUAGAGGAGAAAAUAAUAGUGAUGAGUUUGUCACAUUUCAAAGGGUGAUA